AUGGCUUUGUCCCCCUGGUGCUUCUGGCUGCUGCUGCUGCAACCUCUGCCCCAAGCGGGAGUAGCCCCGGAAGGGCACAGGGUCCUGGUUCUAGACCUCAUCUCCUUCCUGAUGCUGGAGGGCGGGCAGCGGUCUGGUGGCUCAGUCCUGUCCAGCUUUCCAGCAGGCCUGAGGUGGCAGGAGGACGUGAAGUCUCUGGUGAGGAGCGUGCUGGUGGAGCUGGAGUCCCUGGGGAUCCUGCCUACGUUCAGGAGUUCCCCCCUCCGGGCCCUGUGGCAGAGCCACGGCAGCAGGAGCCAGAUUUCUGGCUUUCUGUACAACAUCUCCACGCACCUCGAGAAGCAGGAGCUGGAGGAACUGGGGGCCAUGCCCUGGGGGAGCCUGCUGCAGCACCUCCUAUCUCAGCCCUCCCCGAACCCCGCUCUGCAGCUGAGGGAUGUCCUGAUCUCACUGAGGGGCAGCCAUGACUGGGACAUGCUCUUGAGCCUCAUCCACAGCCUGCUGAGUCUCUUCAGCAGAGACCAGACCCUGCUCCUCUUCCUGCAGCAGAACAGGGCGCGGCUUAGCAGCCUGGGGGAGGCUCUGGCCCAGGCGCUGCUCACUGGGGUGCUGGGCCAGGGCAGCCCUGGCUUGCAGGGCACUGAUUGCAUCCUGACAGGCCGUAGGAACUGCAGCUCCAGCACAGACUGGGUGUCACAACUGCUGAAGCUCUUUGAAGGCACUAGCUGGAAGCCAAGGGUCCGUCUUCAGCCUGCAGGCCCCGUCCUGGCUUCUGAACGCUUUAAACCCUUCCGCGUGGUGUCCGGGGCCAUCCAAGAGCUGAACCCCAAUGCCAGCAGCCUCCUGCAGCUCUCCCGGACCAAGCAGCCAGGGCUGGACUCUGAGGGGGGCUCUGCAGAUACCCUCUGGGGGGCCCUGGAGGAGGCCAAGCAGCACUUCCUGCGGAGGAUGGGCCGAUCACUCUACCCCAGCUUCAGGAGGAAGGUCUCGCGUGUGACGGGUUUGCUGGUGGACAAGAUCUCGGUGGCCCUCGGCGUCCCUCAGUCGGAUCGAGAGGGGAAGUGCUCUGUAGGGACCCUGCAGCAGCUUCUGCUGUGGGGCAUCAGGCAUAACAUCAGCUGGAACGCCCGGACCCUGGGGUUCAAGUCUAGGACCUUUCUAUCUCCUCCACCAAUCCUGAGCUGCAUGCAGCCUGCCCGCAAGCCCCCCCAAGUCACAAAGAGGGCAUCUGGAGGCACCUGGGGUGCAUCCUGGCCCUCAGCUGAGGUUCUGGAGUCUGCUUGCAAUGACACUAUCCCAAGCCUCCCUGGCAUCUCCAACUUCACUGUAUAUCUUUACUGCAGCCUAUUCAAUGGCUCAGACAGCUCCAGCCAGCCUCCUUCAGACCUCGGGGCUGCAUGCUCCAGUUCCGCCUGGUAUUUCUCCUCCCCCAGUGGGGACUCCAUGUGGGUGAGGACAUGCAGGGAGUACUUCCCUGGCCAGUUCAACACCACAGUCUGCAGCAAUGCCUCCCUGCUGCAGCUGCCCAGUCCCAACCAGCCUCUGAUGGAAAAGUUGUGUGCCAACCUCUCCCCACCCCCCAAAGGUGACAGCUGUCUAGACGGGCUGCCUGGGGCCCCCUGGAGCCAGGAGGAUUUUUGGAGCUGCUUUCUGGAAAACCGGACUCUCUGGACUCAGUGGCUGUGCACCAAUGAGAGCCUGCAGGCGGUGCCCACAAAUAGCAGCACCUGGAUCUCCAGACUCUGCCGCAGCCACCAGCUCCAGACAAAGACACUGAACUCCUCGCUGCUCAGGAACUCUGAUCCCUGCAAUUUCCAUGCCUGGAGCCUCCAGGCGCUCAGGAACGCUAGCCUGGUGGAGCAGUGCUGGGAGGUGAACCCUGCUCGCUUCCAGGAGCUGGUGUGUGAGAAUUCCUCCUUCCUCCAGUCUUUGGUGUCUUCCCACCACUGGCUCAUGGAUCACUGCCUGGACUCCCUGCAGAAUGAGCAGUGCUUCCUGCAGCGCCUCCUGGACAUCCUGCCUAUUUCCUCUCAUGUGGACGCAUCUUGGCUCUGCCGGGACCCUGCGUCCUACCUGCUGGGGCUGGUGUCCCAGCUCACGCACUGCGAGGAGGAGACUUCCCGCUGGAUCCUCAGCAUGAACUAUCUCCUGCACCUGCUGGACUUCACCCUGCCCUCCUCCGAGCUGGACGAGGUGGGGCAGGCAGCGAGGGACCAGCUGAGUGAGGCCAUCCUGCUCUCCAGUCUCCUGGACAACGGCUCCUUCUGGGCCUUGCUAAAGGUGAACUCCUCCCUGAGCAUCCUGCAGGCCGUGGGCCAGUACCUCCGGCAGGAGCAUGACGCCUUCUUCAAGAAAGAGCUGCUGAGCUGCUUCAGUCCUGUGCUCUGGGAUCUGAUCCAAAGAGAAGAGGGUGCCCCGGCGCUGGAAGUCCUUGUGCAGGAAUACCUGCAGAUGCCACAGGAAAAUUUCCAGCAGCUGCUGCUGUCAGCGGAGAGCGAGGCAGUGCAGCGUUUCCUGUCCCUGCUGCACCGCUCCUGGCCCCGGCUGCAGGUUCCCAUGUCGGAUGAGCAGGCGCUGCAGUCUCUCGCCUCGCGGCUGAUGGGCCGGUUCCCCCAGCUCACUCCGCAGCUCUUUGUUGACCUGUCACAGUUCAUGCCGUUCAUGGCCGUGUCCGACAUCAUGAGAGUCCCGCCUGCCCUGCUGGCCAAUGAGACCGUGCUGGGGAUCCUUGCUUGCUAUCUGAGCCUGGAAGAGCUGCAGGUCCUGGCCCCGCUGCGUGACCCCUGGGGGCCGGUGGAGCAGAGCUUGCUGGCAUGCGCUGCCAAUGGAGUGCUGAGCCAGCACGGGCGGGUUGCCUACGCGCUGGCGGAUUUGUUGCGUUCUGCCAACCUGGCUGCUGUCGGGCCGCAGGAGCUGCAUGCCUGGCGAGGCAUCUUUCCGGAGCUAGGGGUGAGGUUCCUGCAGCGCCUGUCAGCCACGCAGGUCAGGGCUCUCCUUCCAGAGCUGCAGGCUGCACACCUGACACCUGCCCAGGCGUCUGUGCUGCUCACGCAGGCUGUGCGGACCGAGAACGUGACGGAGGGUGUGGCGAGCAGCUUGUGCCCCCUGCUGCCAGGCCUUGGGCCUGAGUCCCUCCAGGCCAUUCCCACUCCCACCCUGGCCCAGGGGUGUGAAUGCCUGGCCACCGCUCUGCCUCUGCUCUCGGCCCCCCAGAAGGCAGCCCUGCUGCAGAGGCUCAGCCGUGAGCAGCAGGGCUGGAGCAUCUGGCCAGACUCUCUCCUGCCCUUUGUGCCUCUCAAACUCCUGCACCUGGACGCAGCGACUCUGCUGGGGCAGAGGGGCCAGUUCUGGGAGCUGCCCUGGUCCCAGCAGCAGGCCCAGUUCCUCUGGAGGAAGGUUGAAGCGGGCACCAACGUGAGCCAGGAUACGAUUCGGGCGCUGGGGACUCUGGCAGCUGGCAUGGGCUGUGCCCGCCUGCAGCAGUUCAGUCGGAGGGCGGAUUUCCUGGGGGUUCUCCGGGUUCUCUAUGCGUGUCCCAGCAGCCUGCCUGGGAGCCUGAGGUGGUGUGUCUGGGAGGAAGUCCGCAGGCGGUCAGGACUCUCCAGGGAGGAGCUGGUGUGGCUGGGACCCAAGUUCCUCGUGGAUUUACCGGUGAAGCUUGUAGACAAACUGCCCAACGACUUGGUCAGGCUGAUUCUAGACUAUGUGAACAGCCACCCCCAGAGCCUGCUGGUGCUACCGCCCCACCGCAGGGCUGCCCUGGCCCACAGGGCCCUGCACCUCCUGCGAGCGCCGGCCGAGACUGAGAUCCCAGGUGAGGUGCUGGACCUUCUGGGCCCACUGCUGGGGUUCCUGGGCCAGGAGGCUGCUGCCCGCAUCCAACCCGAGAGCCUGCUGCUGCACCUGGAGAUGCUGCAAGGGGCCUGCCUGGCGGAGGGGUUUGCUGAGGAGCUGGGGAGGCUGCUGCUGACGGAGCGGGUGCUGGGCCCACCGCAGCGCUGGAGCCUCCUGGAUGUGCAGCAGCUGGGACGCCUGGUGUUCCUGCUCCCGGUGGAGAGCAUCCGGCUCAUCCCGAGGGAGGUGUGGAGCAGAGACACCCUGGAGCAGCUGCUGCAGAGCCAGCAGGAGUGGGAGCAGAGCAAGCCAGGCCGGCUGUGCCAAUCCCCUGGUGCCCAGGAAAGCUUGAGGAGCCGGAAGGAGGCACUGGUGGCCUGGCUGGUGAGGAGUAGCCCGGUGGGGGCACAAGACCCUGUUCCCAGCUGCGCUGACAUGCGCACCACCUACCCUGCAGCCUGGAGCGCAGCACAGAUCGCCAGCAUGGCCCCAUCCCACUUUAAGGGCUGCCUGGGUCUCAUCAGUCAGGACCCUGCACUCUCGCCCGAGCAGCUCUGUGCUGCUCUGGGCAAAGCCAAGCAGCUGUUUGGAACCGCCCAGCCCCUGCAGCCGGUUCAUGUCCUGCAGCUGGGCCUACUGGCCACCCAGCUGAGCAUGCAGGAGCUGCAGGAGCUGGAGCUCUCCAACUGGGGGGCCCUCUCUGUCCUGGGGGUCCUGGAAGGCUGGGCAGCAAGACAGAUGCGAGCCAUAGUCUCCAGCUUUCUGCGCCAGAGUGGGAUGAGUGUGCAGGGCCUGGCACUCCCAGAGCUGGCUGCCCUCGGCCACCUCCUGUGCGGUCUCCGUGCUGACGAGAUGCGGAUGCUGAACAGCCAGGAGUUCAGCCAGGCUGCCCCGUUCGUGGGCUCCCUGAGGCUUGGCUGCUCUGAGAGGCAGCUGGAGACACUGGCUGAGCUGCUGACGUCCCACUCUGCGUUUGGCCCCGUUAGCAGCUGGGGCCCCGAAAUCUUCACUGAGAUCGGAACACUGGCAGCUGGGCUCCAGGACAUCGCCCUGUCCUCACUCAUCCCCGAGCAAAUUCGGGCGCUGACCCCGCUGGCCAUCGCGGGGAUCCCCGCACCCAAAUUCACUGUGGUUUUCAGCCCAGCCCAGCUACUGGGCUUCACCAGUGCCCAGGCCUCAGCCGUGACCCCCCAGCAGCGCGAGCUGCUCAGCGCCCAGCAGAGGCAAGCAGUGGCCAGUGCCCAGGUUGAGGGGCAGGGCGCCCAGGAUGGUAGAGGCAGGAAUCACGCCCGGUGCCAUCCUGGCCCCAGUGCCCUGGCACUGCUCUGUCUGAUGUACAGCUUUGGGUGA